AAGUUUCUGCCGUGCAUCUUCAAACAGGAAAUCUGAGAUUCAGAACAACUUAUAUUUUGGCUUGUAUUCGCUGAUCAUGGGGUGAUCCAGAAAUAAACUCCAGGCUUCAAAGCAAGAGUGUUUCAAAGCUGUCCUGCAGUUGAUCGAAACACCCAGGCAAAGCAAGGAGAUGAAUACCAGCGAGGAUUUUCUGAAUUAAGACUUAAUCAAGGAGAUAACCUAUUUCAACAGUAUUGUUAUCAUUUUAUUUCUGAACAAAAAGCAAAAAAAAAACCAAACAAAAAAACAUGGCUACAACGGCAGCAAAUACUCAAAGACAAACGAUAGACUGUGAGGAAUACAGCCUGUACAGUAGCUUGAGUGAAGAUGAGCUUAUAAAGAUGGCCAUCCAGCAGAGCUUGGAAGAGGACCCCACGGGUCAGCCAGCUGCCCAGAGCCACCAGAAGUCGAUGGUGGCAGGUCCCGGCGAGGCGGCCGCCCCCAGCCGUGCCAGCAGCCACAACCCACCCUACCACAUCUACCCUUGGCAAAGAUUGGCGGCCCAGCCGAGAGGCCGUGCUCAGCCAUCCAGCUCGGGGGCAGCCUGGGGGGUCAGGCGAAGGUACGACGGCAGCCUGUUCAGCACAUCCCAGUCAGUAGAGCUUGACCCUGUAGUGGCAGCAAUCAAGGAUGGAGAUGAAAAUGCAGUAUGCAACAUGAUGAAAUCAGGAAAAGACCUUUCUGAACCUAAUAAGGAUGGCUGGAUACCCCUCCACGAAGCUGCAUACUAUGGCCAAGUGGGUUGCCUGAGUCUGUUGCAAAAAGCAUACCCCGGCACAAUCGACCAGCGCACCCUCAAUGAGGAGACGGCUCUCUACCUGGCCACCAGCCGGGGCAACCUGGACUGCCUGCUCACCCUGCUGCAGGCUGGGGCUGAGCCUGACAUCUCCAACAAGGCCAGAGAAACGCCGCUCUACAAAGCCUGUGAGCGCAAGAAUGCAGAGGCUGCGAGACUCUUGGUACAGUACAAUGCUGAUACCAACCAUCGUUGCAAUCGAGGAUGGACUGCUCUCCAUGAGGCUGUCUCCCGAAAUGACCUGGAGAUUAUUGAUAUCCUUGUGAAAGGGGGUGCCAAGAUAGAGUCUGCAAACGCCUAUGGGAUCACUUCUUUAUUUGUGGCAGCUGAGAGUGGGCAGUUGGAAGCUUUGCGAUACCUCGCCAAAUGUGGUGCUGAUAUAAAUACUCAAGCCAGUGAUAAGGCCUCUGCUCUUUAUGAAGCCUGUAAGAAUGGACAUGUACCUAUUGUGGAGUUUCUUUUGUCCCAAGGAGCAGAUGCUAACAAAGCCAAUAAGGAUGGCCUGUUACCUCUUCACAUAGCAGCCAAAAAAGGGAUAUGCGAGGUUGUCACCAUGCUGAUCCCUGUGACCAGCCGCACUCGCAUCAAGCGUAGUGGCAUCAGCCCCCUGCACUUAGCGGCUGAACGCAAUAAUGAUGACAUCUUGGAAGAGCUGAUUGAUGCUGGCUAUGAUGUCAACACCACCCUCUCCAAUGAACGGUCCUGCCUUUACGAGGACAGACGCACCACCCCCCUCUAUUUUGCUGUUUUUAACAACAACAUCUAUGCCACGGAGCUGCUGCUGCAAGCUGGAGCCAACCCCAAUGUUGACCUCAUUAACCCAUUACUCAUCUCCAUCCGCCAUGGCUGCCUGAAGACCAUGAAACUGCUCCUUGACCAUGGAGCAAACAUUAAUGCCUAUAUAUCAAGCCAUCCCACCACAUUUCCGGCUACCAUCAUGUUUUCGAUGAAGUACCUUUCUGUGCUGAAGUAUCUCCUGGAUCUGGGCUGUGACGCAGGUUCCUGUUUUGAGUGUCAGUAUGGAAAUGGCCUACACCCUGCAUUAAAUUACAGACGGGACAGACUUAAUGAUCCUCAGCUGUCCAAGGAGCCAACCAUAGUACAGUUUUGUGAAAUGGUGUCUACUCCAGAGAUGAGUCGCUGGGCUGGGCCGAUCAUCGAUGUUCUCCUGGAUUACGUGGGUAAUGUGCAGCUCUGUUCCCGGCUCAAGGAACAUAUUGACAGCUAUGAGGACUGGGCUGUCAUUAAAGAAAAAGCAGAGCCCCCACGACCUCUUUCCCAUCUUUGUCGCAUCAAGGUACGAAGCCUGGUUGGAAGAAACCGCAUUAAACUUCUUGACACCUUGCCUCUCCCGGACAGACUGAUUCGAUACUUACAGCAUGAUUACACACAGUGACCCCAGGCACACCGGACAUGCAGCGGCUUCCCAGCAUGGCACCCAGUGUCAUCAGCAUGGCAAGGGUGCACAUCAUGCACCAUUGGGAGGAAUUGCUGCUGGCUUGGUCAAGCGCCCUCCAAUGACUAAUCUAAGAGAAAUAUGCUUCUGAAGCAUGAGUGAGAAGAAAAUGGAGGAGACAGAGAGCUAAACAUAGGACUGUUGUUAGGUUUCCAAGAGAAAACACAUAUGAUUCACCUCAGAGCUUGGUCUGCAAAGAACAAGAAAUGAAAGCCAACACUGAAAAACGAGUAGUGCUGAAGCAAGUAUCAGUGAGGAAUUCAAAGGUAUCCUGGGGUUGCGGUGGAGCUUAGCAUCCUUGCUGUGAUCACAAUUCAGAAAUUGCCAAGAGUCAGCAUAUUUGGGACAACAAUCACGUUUCCUUCACUGACUGAGAUUUUUAUUUUAGUUUCUAUUCUACUGUUUGGAUUUCUGCUAAGUGUGCUGGUUGCUAAUUCUUUGAUACUUUGACACCAUCUUGCUAACACUUUUACUUUCAUUUUUUGGACCUUUCUUAUUGAGUGGAGUACUUGAUUUCUGAACAUUCAAAUCUCAGAACUUUUUAAUAGACUAAAAUCCAGAAAUGCUGGUUCCUUUAAAAGUCAAGGAAAGAUUUAUUUAAGAAGGAUGUAAGAAUUGUAUUUGCACAUAGUAAAUACAGUUAAUUUUGUAUUACAUUUUCAAUAAGAAGUUAGGUGAAAUUCUGCUUGAGAGAAUUUUGUAGACUGGAGUUGAAAGCAACUCUGAGCUCUUUUUUUUUUUGGGGGGGGGUGUAAAUUAGAAGUAGCUGCGCUGUAAACAGUAGCUUUACUCUGUCAUGAAGCUGGUGUCAGAACAGAACAAAGCCCUAGAGAAGGAACAGAAAGUGAUGCAAAGGAGAGAGGCAAGGUACGUAGGGAGAGGCAACACUGCUAAACCAACUUUAUCUAUUCCUUCCCUAGAAGAUCUUGUCCCUACAAAACCCAGCCUCUCUUAUCUCCUUGGACCUCUGUGGCUAUAACAAUACCAUCACUGGAAGAAGAGAGAUUAUUUCAAAAUUAUGAAAGUCAGACUCUGGGAUUUAUGAAAACAAAUACCCAGAAUUAGGCUUCCAAAUCCUUAUUCAGGUGCCUAAACAAUGCCAAGUUGCUUGCGCCAGGUGUAGUUCCACGUAAGCCAAUGGGACCACAUUUGGUGUCAGAUAUUACUGAGGCAAAAUAAAGUCUUAGGAUUUAGCCCUGAAUUUCCUGACUUUGGAAGUUUGAAGUACCUAUUAGCUCCCUUUGACACUGAUGAAAGUUAUUAUCUCAUCUUCUUUGAAAAUUAGGUCACCUAUUAACAGCUCAGAUCCACAAUUGAUUUAUGGCAGCUUAACAAGUUACCGUCUAUCAGUUGAACCGCUAUAAUUGUCCGUGAAAUUCUUUUAUUGAAGUUUUUAACAAGUCACAUUCCCUCACAGCUGGGGAGGCCGAGGAGCCCAUGAACGGUUAUUGGCAGUGUGACUACAGCUCAGUUGACAGGUAUGACUUGCUGAACUGAUUUGAUGAGUGUCUCAUUCCUGACCAGGCACCUAAGUAAAGAUGGAAGAGCCUAAAUUUGGAAAUACAUCUUUGCAGACCUUAUGCUAGAAGCACACUCAUUCUUACCGUAGGUGACAAAGGAGCUGUGCACCAUGGUUUGUUUGGAUUCCCCACCAGAGACCUGACAGAUCUGGUUUUCUUUGUUGGCCUGCAUACCAUUCAUGGAAUCAGGUAGAAAUAUAAGUAGGGAAAAUGCAUUGCACCAAGUUUUAUUUGUGUGGAGUUUUAUACCUUAACAAAGGACUAAAAGUGUUGCACACAUACAAGUCUGGGCACACAAGUUCAGAUUCUGUGAUUGUUUUGUGUGAAAUGUGUUCAGCACUUGUGGGACAGGAUGUGAGCAGAAGAAUCGGUUACAGCUACGGGCACUCUGUCCAUAGCUGUCCCCUUCCCAAAUGCAAAAGAAGUUGAAAAACCAUCAGAGUUUCAAUUCACACUGAACAGUGAUCUUCUUGCAAAGCUUUGGAAAGUCAGGUGAGAUUCCUCCACUGCUGAAAUUUCAUCCAGUGAUUUCCAAUACCACCAGUUUAGGAUCUACCCCCUUGUCUCCUGUAGCAUGAACAGGGAAUUGCUUCAGGUUGGAAAAAUACUGGGUGGAGGGUAAGGGAUGGGGAACAGGAAAUCUUUAGACCAGUUUUGCCAAUGAAGGCAAUUGGUAAGCAAUAGCUUGAGAGACAGAAAAUCACCUGUGGAGUUCAUGCAUCUCUCACUUUAUGGGGCUGAGCAGUGAAGGUCUGGGUCUUAUAUUGAUAUAAAUCAGAAGAAAAUUCUUUGAAAUUAAAUUAAUGUAACAGAGCAGAGUCGUAGAGGGUGAUAGAUACAGACACGGCUUGGUGGAGACCAUUUACUUAACUGCUUUUUUGGUGUGCGGUGACAGCCCUGGAGACCGCUGGCCGAUAGAAGGAUUCACAAUCACUAACUGCAUGUAUAACCACAGGGGUGGGAUUUCAUAAGCUACCCCGAACUGAGAAUUUCUCCUGAGCCAACAUCAUUACAUAUGCAAAAGUCUCAGGGGUGGCCAUUUCUUUUUAUGUCCUUGGAGAAGUUGAAACUGGGUUUGAGUGGAGCAAGUAUGGAAAGUUCAUUUCUUCUUUCAACCAAGAGACCUUCAUCUCUAUUGGGAGACCCAUGUCCUGGUUGCUCUCAACCAUCUGUCCUGAGCAGGACAGACACUGAGCUGGAGAGCACUGGUCUGAUAGGAACGUACCACAACUGCAGGAAGGAUAAGGGCACACUGUGCACAGAAACUGAGAAGACAAGAGUGUUAAAGGGGAAAUCUGGUAAUUACAAUGUUAUUAAAUCCGUUCUGCUUGAUCCUUACAGCAAAUCUUCACACACUCAGUUUACAUUUAUUUGCACUGAAAUGGAGCCCACUACCUCUCCACUCCAACCACUGACACAAUAUUUUGUGCGCAAUACUGAAUCUGCACAAAUUCAUUGUGCAUUUAAUGCAUCUAUCUAGAAGUUACUGUGAAAAGACAAAUACCCCAAAACCCAAACAAACUAGGCUUUGUAAGCAGAUCAGUAGUUCUAGCGCAAGGUAAAGUGGCUUGUUUUUACUGAGUGUGAUAGAUAGACUCCUUCAGAGAUGAUGACUUUAUGUGAAAUGUUCUAGGAAUAUUUCGUGACCAGGUUACUGUACUUUUUUUUUACUGCAUCACGUGCAAUUCACUUGAUGUUCUUGUGCACUUUUUUGAUUUUUUUUAUUUCAUUUUGUAUGAAAGCUUUUUCACUUACCUCUUCCUUCCCAUUAUUUAUAAAAGCUAUUGUGGUUUUAACAGUUUACAUUUGCAUUGUUGUAGUAAAUAGCAGCUCUCAAAUGUUAUGUUUCCAUCUUUCAAACAAAGUAUGAAUAAACAAGUAGAUUCUGAAGGCUAUCAGCUAUCCUGAAUAGCAACAGUGAACAACCAAACACAAAAAUAGCCAGGAAAAGUCUGAGUCAAUCCAAGACUGAACAAUUAAUAAUUUUGAUGUUAAUCUCAGGGGUUAGAGAACAGUAAGUAUUGCUAGAGAGGAGACAGAGUUGCUAUUCUUUGCAAAACUUUUGGAAAGUCUCACACAUCCCCAUUCAGUGAUUUUGAAUAUACUUAACAAUUGUCUUCUGUUCAUUUGUGUUUGACUUCACUGCUGCUCCAGUUCAGAGCCCCAGCAAGAGCCACCUCCUGCCCUGGGCUGGGGAGGGAAGUUCCAUGGAUUUUAAGGAUUUUAAAAAGUAACAUCAGUUUAAAUCUGAGGGUAAGUGCAUAAAUAUCUGUGUGUCAAGAGUAAUUUGGAAUGGUCUGAUUCAAUCCUUCAUCAUCACUUAAAAACAUGCUAUUCUACUACAUGGAAAAUGUACAGCAACAUACAUUCAAAUGAGAAACAGUUUCAGAGAAGAAAAAGAAAACAAAGAAUUUAAUAUCCAAAAGGUAGAAACUUGAUUUUAACUCUCUUCUUUCUCUGGAUUUCUUCAGAAAUAAAAUUUCUACAGAGGCUAUGCACUUUUCCAAGUAUUUUAAUUUUGAUAGAAAUCCAUAUUCUGGUACAAUAUGCAGCACUUUCAAAUUUCCCUUCUGAACUCAAGCAGAAACGCUUGUCCACAGCAAUCACUGCAAUACCUGUGGUUCAUUCCACAACCUGCUCUGGUCACCCAGAGAGAAAUCCAGACCAAUGCCAAGGAGACUGCUCUGCAUUAACAGCACUGAGACAGCGUUUAGCAUCUGGCUUCCUCUGGAUUACAACAGUGACACAGAGCUAUUGGUGUAAGAAAGCGCCCCUACUCUCAUGUAAAAAAUUCCUUGCUCUGCAAAUUAAGAGCAGUAGUUCUCUUCCCAUUAACUUAAAUGGGGGUACUACCUCUGGUUUCCGUUAAAGCCCCCUUGUGGAGAGGGACAGAGUCUCCUGAUGGAUUUUUUUUCCAAAAAGACAAAAAGGGACAGACAUCUAAGUAUAUUCACAUCUUCACUUCUGGAUCAAGAUCUAAACUGAUGUCUUUAAGUCUUAGAUCAGCUCUUUACCACCUUGCACCUUGCAUGUAGUUGCAGGUAUGUGUUACCAAAGCCAUCUCCUGCUCUCUCUCCUAUAGGAGUAGUCUAUACAAGCUUGAUACAUAUAUUAAGUGCUGGUAGCAGGGAGAAAGCAAGGAAAGCCAUCUCCAUUUCUACUUUUGGCCUCCUGGACUAACACAUUACAGCCAUUGUUCCCGUAAAAGUAAACAUUGGUGCGAUAUACUGUGAGGUUUGGGGAAAGAAUGAGCUACUUUUAGCCUGAGAGUAGUUCAUAUCCUAACGAAAGUUGCAACCUGGUUAUAUAACACCAAACCCCAUCAGAAGAUCCAAAAUGAUACUCUACAAUUGCUUAAGAUGAUAAUUUUUUCAUGACUGCAAUGUGCUCAUGAGAAGUGUUGCCUGUUUUUCCCCUUAUGGAGAUACCAAGAGUCAUAGGGAGCUACGCUAGCCAGAGACCAAGCCAAUCGAGGCCACUUUUUAUUGAAUUCUGGGAGAACUUCCCGUUAGCUUCAGUGAGAGGAUGUUCAGGCCCUGGGAAUCACAGGUGUCCAUUCUCUGGCCCUUUCCCCCCCAGUAUAAUACACUUCUCUUGACCUCAGUGAUUUACACCAGUGUAACUGAAUAGAUACAUAGGCCUGCAAUAUUAAACCUUUCAGAUCUCAUGUUCUGUGCCUUAGCACCACUUUCUCCAUGGGUUUAAGAGAAAUCUAACUUUAAAAAAUCCCCAUUUAACUUUUCUAAUGCCAAUUUGUUAAAAUAAUUGGGAAAAUACUGGGCAAAUCAUUCACAGCCGGGUCUUGUGAUAGCAUCUUAAAAUCAGACAAAAUAAGAUGUCUGUGAGCCAGAAAUCAAGGCAGGCUAUUCUAUACACUUUUUUAUUCUAACAUAUUUUAUGGUUUUGUAUUCAACUAAUACAAUUUCUCAUUUGUUCUGUUGAUGCAGAACAAUUUCUGAUGUGGAAAUUCAUCCUGCUUCUGUUUGCACCAGCUUAACACUAGCUAAUUUCCCAGCCCCAGAAGAAUUACUUUUGAUUUACAUCACUCUGAAUAGGCAGAGAUUUCAGCCCUCAUAUCUACCCACCAGCUGCAAAUCAAACCUGUGUCUACUGAGUGGGGCAAAAAUAAACAGACUGCAUUUGCAGAAUCGCCAAAAUAAAAUUACCUGCUUUCUUCCCUUAAUUUUUUCUUUUAAUUCUGUCAGUAUUUACAUACAAGAAGAGCUUAAAUCAAUUCACAAGUGUGGUUUCUACAUUAAAUACUGUCCUUCCAGUCUCUUGGACGCAAAAGGAAGUGACCUGAA